AUGGAGCCAAUGUGUUACCCACACCCCACUUUUCCAGAUGUAAGAAUAUGGGACCUACCAGGAAUUGGAACCCCUGGGUUUGAAGAAAAGGAAUACCUAGAAAGGAUAAAGGACAGCCAAUAUGAUUUUUUCAUCCUUGUGGCUUGUCAUUGCUUCACCACCUAUGACAUCCAGUUGUCCCAUACAAUCCGGGAAAUGGGGAAACGGUUCUACUAUGUGUGGUCCAAAAUGGACGUUAGCAUUAGGAAUGAAAAACGGAAACCAGACUUCAGUGAGGAAGUGACCCUUCAAAAAGCCAGGAAAUAUUGCCUCUAUCACUUGAAGAGGGCUGGUAUUUCUUCUCCGGUGAUUUUCCUCAUAUCCAUUUGGUAUCAGGAUAAGUAUGAUUUCCCUCUCCUGAAGAGAGCCUUAGAGAAUGAAAUCAAUGAACUCAGAAAAUGUAUCUUAAGAACAGCAGUUUUGCAAGAUUCUGAAAAGAGAAGCCAUGACAGGUCAAGAAGACACAUAGAUGGGAAAAGUUUGAUGCCAGUGGCUAGCAGGAAACCUGAAGAGAGGUCUACCGGGAAAGAAAGAAACCUCUCAGAUCUGACUGCAUCAAGAAAAAACACACUUGACAUUGCCAUCACAGGACUGACAGGUGCUGGCAAAUCGUCCCUUGUCAACGCCCUGCGGGGUCUAUCAGAUUUUGAUGAGGAAGCAGCCAAAACUGAUGUGAUAGAAGGAACAAAAGAGCCAAUGGGUUACUCACAUCCCGCCUUUCCAGAUGUAACAAUAUGGGACCUGCCAGGAAUUGGGACACCUAGUUUUAAAGCUGAGGAAUACCUAGAAAGGGUAAAUUACAGCCAAUAUGAUUUCUUCAUCAUUGUCUCUUCGAAUCGCUUCACUGUCUAUGACAUCCAGCUGUCCCAUGCAAUUCGGAAAAUGACAAAGCGGUUCUACUACGUGAGGUCCAAAAUGGACCUCAGCAUUGAGAAUGAAAAACUGAAACCAGAUUUCAAUGAGGAAACAACCCUUCAGAAAGUCAGGAAAUAAUGUUUUGAUAGUUUGGUGGAGGCUGGUAUCUCUUCUCCACGUAUCUUCCUUGUC